UUCAAGACACAUUAAACUAUAAAGUACAGGGAGCUUAAACCCAAACUAGUUUUUGGUUCUUUAUCUGUUUCCGUUUUUGUGCUCCCAGCGGCGGUGUGGCCGCCGGUGCAAAUCAGAGAGCCUCCUGUGCCAUCCGCAACGGAGUUGAUGGCGCCACGGCUCACUAUAUGUUCACAGACCAGAGGAACGACCUCUGUUUUGCUACUGACUUCAAUACGCAGGGUUUUUCGUUCACCAUUAAAAUGCCUAGUCCAAAAUAUUUCCCACCGUCAUAAUCAUCUUCUUCGUUUUCCUCGCUUCUUUUUGAACUGCGCUCUUGCUCAAUAUCCUAUCGACUUGUCUCACUACAAGGAAGCUUUCUCCAUAAGAAUGGCUAUGGCAGGACUCAAGCCAAAUCACCGUAUUGCAUUAGCAGUAUCAGGUGGCCCUGAUAGUAUGGCGCUGUGCGUUUUGACUGCCAAUUGGAAAACUGAUGGUCCAAAUGCUGUUGGCCACUUGGGUGGUUUCAUUGAUGGGCUUUUGGCGGUAAUCGUGGAUCAUGGUUUGCGUGCAGAGAGCAGAGAUGAGGCAAAUCUUGUUCUCCGUCGUGUAUCAGAAAUGGGAAUCAGAUGUGAGAUUGCGCAUUGUGAUUGGGAGGGUAGUAGGCCGAAACAGGGUCACUUGCAAGAAGCAGCUCGUGACAUGAGGUAUCAAAUGCUUCAGAAUGUUUGCUAUCAACACCAGAUUGGUGUUUUACUCGUUGCCCAUCAUGCUGAUGACCAGGCUGAGUUAUUCAUUCUCCGGCUAUCUCGCAAUAGUGGGGUGCUUGGACUUGCUGGCAUGGCAUUCACUUCUCAAAUUUUCUCUUCACACUGGCAUUGUUAUUGUGAUAAAAAUAUGGAAGCUCAUGGUAUUCUUUUAGUGCGGCCACUCCUGGAUUUUUCAAAAGAAGAUAUGUAUAAGAUAUGUCAAGGGGCCAAUCAAGAUUGGGUUGAGGACCCAACAAAUAAAAAUAAGUUAUUCGCUCGGAACAGGAUUCGGAUGUCAUUAGGAAAUUUGCCAUCAAGUAUAUUCAGGUCUGAACUGCAAGCAGUGAUCCUUGCCUGUCGAAAAACACGUUCAUGUGUCGAUAAAAUAUGUUCUGAUUUGAUAAAUCAGACUUUGACCAUUAUGGAUCAGCAGGGAUAUGCUGUCAUUGACUUGGAGAGCCUUAAUCCAUCAGAAGUACAGGAUAUAUACUUGUCAAAGUUUAUUGCAUUGGUUUUGCAGUUUAUUUCACAAAGGCAAAGGCCAAUCAGAGGAAGUACUUCAAAACUGCUACUGGAUUUUAUUCGUUCCAUGCCAUGCAAGACCUCUCUUACAGCAGCUGGUUGUUACCUUUGCCCGGCUCCUGGAUCUAAAGGUACCAAAAUGUUGGUUUGCUGUUCUGUUGGUAGUCCCUUGCCUUCAAACACCAAUUGCCUUUACAUGCAGUCCAGUGAAGAACAGAAGCAUCAUAUACCAAAUGAGUUAGAGCAGAUUAUAGCGGAUGGAAAGUCAUUUUCAGAUCCUUUGGUUCCUGACCCAUCAGAGGUUCAGUUUUUACACCUAACCUCCGAAUCGGUUCUAGAUGAAGCCAAAAGACUCAAUAUUCUGAGUGAGUCAACAUAUAGGAACAUUGUUUUAUUGCAGAGGGAAGAAAACGAACAGUUUAAGUGCAAAGCUGAAGUUAUAUAUGAUGACGAGUCAAAACAUGAAAGAGAACGUGUCUCUGCACCCCCUAGUAAAUUACUCCAGACUGGGCUAAUCUGUUGUUUUAUGGACAGAUUUCUUGUCACUUGGAAAGUGAGUAAAGAAUUUGCUAGCAAUAUAUUACCAGGGGAAGCUUAUAGUGAAGUGGAUUUGAGAGAAGAAAGUCAGUGUGACAGUUGUAUGUGUUGUUUAGGUGAUGAAAUGGAGGUUGAGGUGCGCCAUGUGCUUGAAUCUGAUUGGCUCUACCUUGCUGAGUUGUCAAAGCCUCUGACUUCAAAGAAGAUUCAAGAAGAAAGAGUUGGAUCAAACAGUAAGCUUGGAGAAGUGGAUGAAACAAACUUGCAUCAAAAUUUUGUUAGGUUAUCAGCGCAAAGAGCUCUCAAACUUUUGAAGACCAUCCCUGUAGCUGCAAGAAGAAGCUUGCCUGUUCUAUUUAGUCGUAAUGGCAGAUUAUUGAGUAUUCCUAGCGUUGGCUUCAGGCUUUGCCCUUGCUUGGUGGCAUCUGCUGUAUUCAGGCCAAGAGUACCACUUGGAAGAGGUCACAGUUCUUUUAUCUAGUUCUGGAUCCAUUUCAGACCUGGAAAGAGUACAAGAUUAGUAUUAAGACUUCUUUGAAAAGAUUUGUGAAGAUUGGUCCAGAGGGUAAAUUUAAUCUCGAACAGAAGCAUAUUGUUUAUUCUUACUAGAUUCUCUCUCAUUUCUGAUUUCUUAACCGGUGGUGCUAUAAUAUGUAUUGAAAAAGUUGCCUCUUUAUUAAAUUUCCUUCUAAUUGCAA